GAUUGGAGGUGGAGUUACCGCCCACACGUCAGGAAGUCUCGUGAAGUGGUGCGGUUGUAACGAUGUAAACAAAAGUUUUCGACGCACGGGAGCGAGGUGAAUUUGAGCUUCUAGCGUUUGCGAACCACUGUAGACACUCAAUUCACUUUGCCAGCUACGCUUAACAUUAGCUUUAUAACCACAGCUCGGUGUGGUGGUGGUCGGCUAGUAGCGUGCGUGUUGUCUCACGUUUUGCUAGGUUAGUCAGCUUAGCUGUUAGCUAGUUUCAGGCGAAAUCAAAGUGUCCACAGAGACAACACACGGCGCGGGGGUUGAUUACAAAACUUUACUACCACUCUCGACCAGAUGGAGGCCAAUCUGAGAUCCUUGCAGAGUCCAGACCUAAGCUCUGUCCUGUCGUCGUGCGAGCCGGAGCUCCAGGAGCUUAUGAGGCAGAUCGACAUAAUGAUCAACCAUCAGAAGAGCGGCUGGGAGGCUGAGGUCCAGGCCAUGAAGCUCAGGCUGAGAAGUGGAGAAGAGGAGCUGCUGACCUGCAGGAGCCUCAUUGAGCGGCGGGACCUGGAGAUGGGACUGCUCCGCAGGCAGCUCGAAGGUGUCCAGACUGAUCGACAAGACUCAGUUGCCAAGUACGAACAACAGCUGCAGAAGGUCCGUGAAGAGUUAGAUAAAUUGAAGAGAAGUUACCACAAACUCCAGCGCAAACAGCUGAAGGGGAACAGAGGAGGAGCCAAAGAGAAGGAGCUGUCAGAGGAGACCCAGCUGCAUGAACAAGUUGAGGAAUAUCGUCAGCGCUCUGCGGAGUGGGAGCUGCAACGCGCCCAGUACCAUAAACAGCUGACGGCACUGGAGGCCCAGAAGAGGAGCCUCAGCGAUGAGCUCGCACAUGUGAAAUCCCAGCUGGCGUUGAGGCAGAUGGAGAGAGAGCACAGGGAGUGCUGUGUGGAGGUGCAGAGUCUGCGUACUCAGCUGGAGAGGGCUCAGGACAGCCUGCAUGCUCAGGAGCUGGAGCUGGAGCGACUCAGACCUCUUGAGACGCGGCUGGGAUGGAACCAGAGAGAGCUCCAGGUAUUUUCCGAGGAAGGGGAGGACCUUCACGCAAGGCUGGACCCUCAGGACUCAUUCGAGCGAAGAACCAGUUCUGAGUGGCAAAGGCUUCGCAAUGAAGCUGCCAGACUCAACCAACUGCUGCGAGCGAAAGAUCAAGUCAUCCGCUCUCUGGAGGACUGUGUCACCGCCCGGGGCUGUGCUGGCGUGGAAACCCUCAGACAAGAUCUGGAGAGGACGGCAACCGAGCUUCACUGCGCCCAAGCUUGUGAGGUUCAUCUCAAGGCUGAACUGGCCCGUCUCAAAGAGAGACUGGAUAAGGUGAACCGACCGAGGGCCGACCACUCGAAGAUGGAACAAGAUCUGAGAAGCAUGAAGGCAGAAUAUGACUCUUCUGUUGCUGAAAUGAACAAGCUCAGAGAAGAGCUCCAGAGGGCCAAGCAGACUCACGGUGGGGAAGUGGAGGGAAUGAGGAAGGAGGUGUCGCAGCUCACUGGCGAGCUGCACCAGCGCGACCUCGCCAUCGCCUCACUGAGCGGCUCGUCGUCCGCCAUCAAGCAGCAGCUUUGCGACGAGCUGGAGCGAGCAGAGCGGAAGGCAGCCGAGCUCAAAAUGACUCGGGCGCAGCUGGAGACUAAGCAAACUGAGAACCGUCAUCUGAAGGGUCUGCUGCAUAGACUGGAGUCCCAGCUACCCAAGAGUGGUGGGGGCUCCUCACUUGCACCCUUGAGGGAGAGUCACACGUCCACCCUCAACAGCUUGGAACAAGAGAAUCAACAGCUAAGGCAGGCACUCUGUGAGAUGCGCGACCAAGUCGGGGUGUCCAGCCCGGAUACAUGUGAACACGCCCUGCUCAGCUGCGCCGUAGUCGACCAAACGCCGCCGGCUCAGGACAGGGAUGAAGAUGCCAGACGUCGCAAACACCGGGAGGAGGUGCAGCCCUCAAAAGCUAAGCUACAGGAGAACCCUACUCGCUAUGAAGGAGAGAUCCGGAGGCUCUUUAAGGAGCUGCACACCCUGUCACAGUCGCCCACAGACCAGGCCCAGGACAGCAGGCCUCCGUCAUCAACGUCCUCUUCCUCCUCUGAAAGCAAAAGACUCACCAGGAGAAACUCGGGGGCGACCUUAAUUUCGAAUGAAUCUGCUGCCGAAGGAGAAAACUCCAGCUCUGACAACUCGUUGAAUCCUGUGUCCAGAGCCCCAACCCUUCACUCCACCUCUCCACUGGAGCCUUUGUCAGUGUCACCUGCGAAUGGAAUGGUCACUCGUUUCCUGGAGGAGGAGAUGUCGCUGACCAAGGAGCUGUUCCAGAGGCUGGACACGCACAUCAGGGACAUGAGAGAGGACAACGUCAGGACGGUCUCCAAGUACCUACCCGCCUGCUCAGGGCCCGGGUCCCCGCAGCCGUCUGUACAGAAUGGUCAGUGAUUGAGUCAGGUGGAAUUACAGUCGUCCUCGAUGACGAUUUGUGGGAUGUCCUGUAAAACUUUAAAGACAUCUGUUCCCCAUCGAGAAGCACAAAGAUUCUGGAUCACAAACAGUGCCAUCAAGCCACAGCCACACGAAAUACAUAUACAUACAUAUCGAAAUACACCUGGAAUAACUGUUUCAGCUCUGGUCAGCUUGUAAUCUGGUGUGAAAUGUGGGAAAAAAAGGUAGAAUGAGGAACAAAGAAGGAAAUGAGAAUUAGAAUCAGCUCAUGAUGGUCGACAAUGGUUUCCGAUUUUCAUAAGAAUUGAUCCAAAUCGUUUGGCAGUUGUGUUGGGAACACACCUGCAGUACUGUAUCUGCGAACACACUAAAGACGAGCGAGCUCUCCAACGUUUUAUGUUACCCUGCAUUUCAUUACAGCUUGUAGUAUCGGCCCAUGGUUAAAAGUUGUCUCGACUCAGGCUGAGACCUCGCCUGGCCUGACAUUAAGCAGCGUUCCCUUGCACGUUUUCCUUCGUAGGCGGCUGCAUACUCCAAUUUUUCAAGGUGUCUAAAAUGCAGCGUUCACGUGCCCUUUGCAUUCGCAACUGGAGAAAAGAAUGCGGCCGCGUCCGUCCUCCCUGCACGUCUGUCAUAACUGGUGAAAUACCACAUAUGUACAUGUCUGUCCAGAGGGAGGGAGAAGCUGGCAGCCUCUACUGCAGCUCUCCUUGUUUUCUUGUUAACUCAUCACCACCACCAGCAGCACCCAGAGGCCCUGCAGCAAGUCUAACGCAGGAAUGUGCGCACCAUGCCAAUGCUGUCAUGAGCCCUCCCCCGGGGCCCGCUUUGUCCUCAUCACUAGACACUGUAUGGAAUGUUAAUAUCAACCAUGUGGGGCGCUGAACCUCACAAACACCGAAAAGGGCCUCGGGGGGAAUGAUUACAUUUUAUUGCUUUCCUAAUGAACGACACACUGAUGGAAUGAAAAUAAAGUGGGGGAAAAAAACA